AAUAAAAUUACAAAUAAUUUAAAGGCAUAAAUAUUUAAAAAUGGACAGUGUAUUACGUAGCAAAGUGGAAUCAUGUUGCCGCACAGCCGAGGACUUCACCAAACUCUUCUACACAUCUUUCGACAAACGGCGACAUCAUAUGGGUCGCUUAUACCUUGACAAUGGCUUACUGGUUUGGAAUGGAAAUGGUUCAAGCGGCAAAGACAAUAUACAAAAAUAUCUAAUUGAUUUGCCUACAUCAGAGCACACAAUAACAACCUUAGAUGCACAGCCGAUUGUCGAUGAAGCUGUUGGCGGUCAACUUACUUAUAUGAUACAAGUCGGUGGUACGGUACGCUAUGCAGACGACAGUGCGAGGCCAUUUCAGCAAACCUUCAUUAUUACCGCACAGGAAGAUAAAUGGAAAAUAGCUAGUGAUUGCUAUCGUCUACAGGAUGGGCUGGCGCGAGCAGAAAAUUAGUAAUUCCUUAAUUUAGAACACAUAUAAGCCGCAUUUUUUUAUGAUUAAAACAAAGAUAUGGGAAAAACAGAAAA